AUGCUGAAGACCUGAGGGGGUGACGUGAGGCUCCAUUGGCUUAAUAUGCUCAAUUAAAUGCUACCUAUAUAUGUCGAUAUACAUAUCAUCAUUUCAACCGACAAUAAAUUCUUUUUCUCUCUUGUUGCCUAAUGUAAUGGCAGACCUCCACCACCGAAUUAAAACGUUUCUUGAAACAGAGCAAGCGGCCGCCGCCGCUGGCGACAGCUUCUCAGAGCGUGCUGAAUGGUUUUUCCGGAGACGUCCUCAACUUCUUGCUCUUCUCCAAGACUUGUACAAUGGCUACAUCAGCUUGGUUGACCGUUGCAACAAGAUGCAAGGCAACAAGCAUCAGCGGCGAUGCUCUUCUUCUCUAACGUCUGCAGACACCAGUUUUGAUGAAAAAGAAGAAGAGGAUGUUGAUCAUGAUGUUGGGAAAAUCCUGUAUCAGUAUCAAACUCAAGGCGCUGUACAAUCAUCAGAAGCCAAAUUUGGAGUUGAUGAGAUUGUAGCCCAUAUGGUAAUGAAGAGCGUGGAGGAGGAUAUAUUAGAGCAGGAAUGCCAAGAAUCUUGGAGAAAGGUAGAGCUUCUGAAGAAACUACUGGAGGUGUUAGAGUCUGAAAGGAUCUAUUUACUGAACGAGAAUGCGAGUUUGGGGUGUAAGAUGGCUGCACUGAUAGAAGAGAAUAAAGGGCUCUCAUCGGAGGCCUUGUUCUUGAAGAGAAAAGCUGCUCAACUUGCAAGGUGUGUGUUGAAAAUGAGAGAAGAUCACAGGGUGUGGAUGCUUACUCGUAAAAUUGAGGAUCUUCAGGGCCAGAUAUAUGGGUUGGAGAAGAGGAACAACGAGUAUUAUCAGCAGCUGCUCAAGAAAGAAAAUUUAGAGAAUGAAAAGGUAGGUUUGAUGGGUUGUUUUCAAUUGAAAAGGCUCAAGUUUAAAAAGAGAAAUGAAGCUGCUGUGAGUGUAAACAGUGGUGGUGGUGGUGCUUGUGGUGGGUCAAAGAGAGUGCAUAACUGGUGGUGGUGGGAAAGGGUGAAGAAGGGCAUAGCUUCUCCUAGUUUUUCUUCUUCAACUACUUGAUUUUUCCUCCCCAGACUUUUCAUUCCUGAUAUUAUUAUUAUUAGUUUUCUCUGUUUAAGUUUCUAUAUGAAAUUUUAGAUAAAUUGUACUCUCUAAGAAAAUGGAAGAAAGUGUAGCAUCUUAGCAAGAGGUAUGAAGAAAUUAUAUAAUCCAUUUGGUAAAAUUGGAGAUUCAAGAAAAUUUUCAGAAGGAAAUAGGAUUGCUGAGUGAAUAGUUUUAAUUUAGUUAAAUGGCUGGCUGUUGUUUUCAAAGAAUUUAAUUUCCCCUUUUUAUCAUAGUGCUUUUAUAAGAAUAUAGGCGAAGUUUUAAUUAUUUUUUUUAACAAAAAUUAAGUAAUAUUGAAGAA